UGCACCACCCGAUUGGACCGCUUUGCAGCGGAUACACCAGCGCGCGCGUAACGAUGACGAUAGAUUCUCUAUUAAGCAGCAGCACCACUAUCCGUUGUCAAGAUGGCUCUGGUGGCGUCAGGUGGUGAAUAACGUCGACGUCAGAUCUGUCACUGUUGUCUGGUCAGCUUCGUCAUCUGUUUUUGAUCACUAUUAAUAUCCAUUCAUCUUCACCUUCCUCUUCCUCAACUAUCCACACCCAUUGGAGUAAACUCAUCGAUAAGUGACACGAUACUGAAAAUUAAAAGAACAGAUAUGGAGGAAGUGCUCAAGAAACAUACGGCAACACUGCCUCUGCCGCCUGUGCCUACCUCGUCCGUCGGCCCAGUGCCGACGGUCCUCCCAGGCGAUCAUCCUGUGUUCCAGGAAAUCCACAGUACUGGGAAACGCACAUUAUGGGUUGUCGUCGUGCUCAUGGGCGUCUCAUCUCUAGCGUUCUACUUCCUCGCAGCCCGCGUGCGAGUCCAAAAGCGGCUCUUGCACACACUAACCGCCCUGAUCACCACAAUCUCCUUCCUCAGCUAUCUCGCCAUGGCCACAGGCCAAGGCAGCACCUGGACAUACUCCCUCCACCACCACAGUCACGCACACGUCCCCGACACAACGCAACAAGUGCUGCGGCAAAUCUUCUGGGCACGCUACAUCAACUGGAUCCUGACAACACCGCUCCUGCUCAUCAACAUCGGGUUACUAGGUGGCCUGAGCGGCGCGCAUUUGCUGGUCGCCAUCUCCGCGGAUCUGAUUAUGUUUGUGGCCGGAUUAAUCGCUACGUUUGCGUGGCAUGAGCGGCGAUGGGUGUGGUAUACGAUUGUUUGUGUGUCGUUUUUGACGAUCGGCUAUCAGAUCGGUGUGAAUGGGUCGAGGGCUGUGGCGAGGAGGUCGCAGGAGCAUAGGACGUUGUUUACGUCGUUUGCAGGCGCGACGUUGGCCACGUUUUUGCUAUAUCCGAUAAUCCUUGCUGCAUCGCCUCUUGCGCAUAAGAUUAGUGUUGACGCAGAGGUCGUCGCGUGGGCGGUGCAUGAUAUCUUGACGCAGGGGAUUUUCGGGUACUGGUUGAUUCUGGCUCAUGAUAAGAAGGACGCUGGACAACUGGUUGUUGACGGCUUCUGGGCCCAUGGUGUUAGUCCGGAAGGUGUUAUUCGUGUUGGCGAAAGCGAGACGGCGUAGACAGUCCCUCGAGACUGGCGUGUGGUGUCUCGUGAUACUUUGGGAUGGAUUGUAGGAUGCGAGGAUUGAACGGAAUGAUGAUGAUGGAAUGGCAGUAGUCCCAUUUAAUGCUCUUUAUGAAGUGUUUUUUAUUCGUUCGACGUCAGAGAUUGGAAAUAUAUAUCAAAAGUUUACAAUCCAUAUCUAAAUGCACUUUAAUUCUAUUUUUUGA